GGGGGGUGGGGAGGAGAAGGAGGAAUUUGAAAUGCCAGAGAUGCUGGCAGGAGUUACAAGGACAACAAUGGAGAGGAAGGCAUUUCUCGUACUAGAGGAGACCAGGAGAAGUGAGGUCCAUUCAGCACCUUGUUAACUUUGGACAGAUAAAACUGCUUUCUAGAAGUGCAGUACAGCAUGGGAGCAGACUAGCAGGAUAGAAGGUUUCUAGGAAGAGACCUAGGGGAUAUAGGAAGGAAUUUCUUAAGUUCAUGCAUGAUCUUAAAGUGGGCAUUCUGUGAUGGUGUAUUUAGUGUUCUGCCUCAUACUCCACUCCUAAGAAGUCUGGUAGCUAUUCCCUUUUCUAUAUCUUAAGGACAGUUUGUGGUUCAAGGGCAUAGCCCAUGCUCUUAUCUUCAUGUCUUGAGUCACAUGGGCUUACUCUAAGAAAAAAUGAAAUGUUGCAGCAGGGCUGGAAGGUGAGUGCAAAUACAGCUUCCUCUGCACUCCCAGAACUUUCCUGAGAAAGACAGCCUGAUCUUUUAUUUUGUUCCCUUUGCCCAGGGGAGAACAAGGUGUGCUUCCUUCAGGCUACCAGAGGAAGCUUUAUGUGCUUGUCUUACCAGUGCAGAAGGGUGUUUAACCAGUCUGUCCUGAUAGGCUCCAUGUAACAGCUAUCCUGCAGUAACCAAAAUAUCCAUGCAAAUCUAGUUUUGAUGCCCCUGGGCUGAGCUAUCUGUGCAGUGCUGCUGUAUCCAGAAUCAAAAGUAAUAGUGGACAGCAGUAAGUGGUCAGGAAGAAGUACCUAGAUGUUUGUAUAAUAUAUCCUGAAAACUACUUGUAUAUAUGUAGAUGCCGUGUUUGCCCAGAUAAGUCUGAUUAUAGUGCAGAACGUUGCAAUCACAUGCAGAUUUUUUUUCAUUUACAGCUUUAAUGUACUGAGAAAUCAUUAAGUCUGACCUCCAAACCAAGUCACUUCUCUUUGGUUUGGGGAGUUUUGCCAUCCCGCAUUCCUAGUUGUUGGAUUUGUAAGACUAUGGAAGUUAGAUAUCUUAAAUCACUGGACUGCUCUGCAUUAACUCCUUCCAAAUGUCAAUUUUUUCUUUUAAUUUUUUAUACAUCAUACUUUUUUUUUUUUUUUUUUUUAAGAAAUAAGGAUGAUGAAGCAUUACGGAUUUGAAAGAAAAGAAUUUGACAACGCUUACACCAAAUAUGUUAUCAGGAUUUCCUUGUACUUUCUCUUUUAGGAAAUAAUUUUAAUACCUCUCAAUUAAAUCACAUAUUUAAGCAGCAGGGCGUUUCGGCAGAAGCCAAUUACCACUCACUAAUGAACCCUCGUAGUUUGCUAAAUUAUUUUAAAUGAAUGAGAGUACAUUUAGCUUUCUAACGAUAGUACAUUUAACUUCUAAAACAACUUUGAUCAAGUCCACUUUUCUCCAGACUGCCUGCUGUGCUGAACUCUUUAUUCCCAAACGCCACUCAGUUAAUCUGAAAAAUUGUUAAUCAGAAACAUAAAAUUAGUUUCCCUCUCAGAAACACAAAGUCUACUGGAAAGUACUCAGCAAAUUCAUCACUAUUCUUUUACCUCCUCUCAGUGCUGAUAUCUGGCCAAGUCUUCAUAUUUGACAACAUUUCAGGUAAAGAUGACUGGAGAGCUUUGUUUUUUUAAUUGGGAGAUCUCUGUUUCACACUGUGUUACCUUUCCAAAGAACACCUACAUGUUUCACCAAUUAUUUGAGUCGUCACAGCUACAAAACUUGAGUAAAACUGGGUUCAGUUUUUUGGUUCCUGGUUGGAUACUAUAUGUGCCUUGCAUAAAGUCAAAACAUGAGGCAAAUUAUUCCUGCUUCCUUUGUAACGUGAUGCCACGUCAUUUGUUGGGUGUGAUGGAAAGAACUAAUUUAACAGUAUUCCUCUUCUCCUUUGGAUCAGAGUACAGCUAAGAAAACCCCAGCUGGGAUUUUUUCUUUUCAAAAGGAAUGUGCAUUUCUGUCCUCUCCUGCUAACCUCAUGUCCCCUAAUAAUUUCAGCUGUAAUACUCAGGGUGUGCCAAGGACACUAGAUCUCUUUGCUCCACAUUUUAUUUAUACACAUUGGUGUCCAAAGUCUAUACCCUUAUAUAUGCCAUUAAAUCUCAGGUUUUGCCUAGGAAUCGGUUGCUGUCAACCCCAGUUAAUAUUGAGAAACAGGAAUCCAACUAGUGAGGUCUUUGUGAAGCUAUGACAACAGUAACAAAGGAAAAGAUUAUUAUUAUCAUUUAAGAUUACAAAUGUUUCUGCUGAUCUCUCUUUCAAGAGAUACCUAUCUCCAGAUCUUCUCUUUAAUCUUCUACCACUCCUACAGUAUAUAGUUCUUUCAGAAAUGUGUCGAUUGUCAGUGGAGUUGUCCAAAUUAUCAAAAUAUCUAUUUGAUGUAGUACACUAUAUUUACUUUUUACUGUGUGCCUUUUCAGUCCCAGGCAUUUAGAUAUUCAUGACAAAUAUUAUGGAGAAAGAAUUAUGUUUAACUGACUGUAGUUUUCACCAAGGAAUACAUAAAACUGAAUCAAGACACUUAAAGAUUCUUCCUACAAAAUUGGCAAGAAUCCCCAUUUGUCUUUUCCAAAACAGUAAUGUUUAUUUAUCUAAUGCUUUAAAUUUUCUACAAUGUUUUGAAUUCCAACGCUGAUUAUAUGAGCAGUGUGUGUAUUGAAUGUGAUUAUUUUAUAUAGAACAGAAAAAGAUACACACUCAUUUAACCAUGACUGUAGUACAGCUUGAAAAUAGGAAUGACUACCAUUCUGAGGUGGACUGUUUGUGUUCAUUCAUUGUUUCUAACUUUCAUAAGGGAAUAGGUUUACAGCUGAGUCAAAUGUUGCGACAUGACAAAAACCUCCAGCUAACAUUCAGCUUAGGAGAGACUAUUUAGUCAAGUUAUGGGUGUCUUUUCUAUUUGGUGCUGAUACAAACUCUCCCACUGUAUACUCACUGUGGUUAAAACCACACCUUUCAAAAGCACAAUAUGCCUGUGGAAAUCACGUUGGAAGGAAGCCACACAGAAUGAACAGUUGGCUUCAGUGAGCCUUCCUGUUUCUCCCAGUAAAAUUUCUGCUUUUAGAGAGCACAUCCCAACUACUGACAGAACUUACAGGAUCAACACGAGAUUUUGCAAUAGAACAGCUCUACAGGAUUCUACAAAAUGAAGUGUUUCUGUGGAUUUGUGUCCACAUCUAGAAAGGACAGACAUGCAGUGAUAAACUUUGUCUAACCAGGAACAAGAUGAAAGAUGCACAAGGCUGGACAGUUCCCACACCAGGAACUCCGCCUGUGUACAGCAUUAUGAUUGCACCACUUGAGGAUGGAAGAGGUUGUACAAAUCCCUCUGGGAGCAUUCAGAUCUGGGCUAAGCCUCACUUUCAGUUUUUGAGCAACAUCACUGUGAAGAAACAUGCCAAGUUUGCCCUCUUAACAUGCCUGGCCCCAGCUCUCUGUGGCCACACCAGCACAUGCACUUGGGCUGCUCAUAGGCCUUCAGCUGUCUCUGGACACACUUCCACCAAGUAUGCUAACACUUGGAGACCUGCAAAGGCUCUUUCUGCAGGUGCUGAAGACCAUAUGGCACAGCCUGCAACCUCUUUAUGUCUUGGUUGUUACAGGUGCUGGAGUGUGAGACUGAGGGCCAGGGAUUGGAGACAUCUCUGUCACAUCUGCCCUUUUCUCAAAUGCCUCCAGGGAUGGUGACUCCACCACCACUCUGGGCAGCCCGUUCCAAUGUUUGGCUACUCUGAGAAGUCCUGUUAUCCUGCCAUUCACACUUCUGUUAGAGACAAUCCUGAAUAACUUUCCCUAGUGCCCCUUGUUCCCAGUGGGUCUUCUCCUGUACGACUUACAAGGAAAGGGCAGAAAUAGCUCCAGGCAGCAACAUGAAUUUACUUGUUCUGUAUUUGUUUAACUCGUUGCACAUGCCAGACCAUAAUUUGGCCCCUAAAUAGAGUGAAGAUGUCAAACCAUUUACUCCUGAGAAAACCAGGGAAAUUGUGAUGUCACUGCAGCAACCUGCAGUAUUCUGUAACAUGGUUGGUGACUGGCCAGCCCUGCACUGGGAUGUGAAACACCUUUCUGCGAUGCUGGAUGGAAAGACAAUACAGUUUAGGAUAGGACUAAAGGCAAUGGAUUUAGUUCCCCAGUUUGAAACCAGCUGUAGCUACGUGAAGGCUACUCUUGAAGAGUUUUUGGCCUGGAGUAGUGGACAGCCUUCUUCUCUCUCUGGACCAUUCAGUUGUUUUGAGCACUCUAAAUAUUGGGCUUACGCUGACUAUAAAUACAUUGCUAGGAUAUUUGAAGACAAGGAGGAAGUUUUCCAGGAUGUAAGGUGGUCUGACUUUGGUUUUCCUGGAAGAAGUGGAAAAGAGAGCACGCUGUGGAUUGGGUCGGAAGGAGCAAACACUCCCUGCCACUUGGACUCAUAUGGCUGCAAUUUAGUGCUGCAGAUACAAGGAAGGUCCUUGGUUGAAUGUGCAGCAGAGACACUUUGGAAGCCCCUUGGCACUGCUCUUAUUGCUGCAGUCAGUCCCCAGGACUUCUUAUGGCAUCAGAAAAGAUGGCACCUCUUCCCACCUGGUGACACCAGCUUCCUUUAUCCCACCAGGAUCCCUUAUGAGGAAUCCAGCAUAUUCAGCAAAGUCAAUGUUGCCAACCCUGAUCUGAAACGCUUUCCUGAGUUUAAGAACACAAGAGCCCAUGUGGUUACACUCAGUCCAGGACAGGUCCUGCUUGUUCCCAAGCACUGGUGGCACUACGUGGAAUCCAUUGACCCCAUCACUGUCAGCAUAAACUCUUGGAUUGAACUGAGAAAGGAGGGAGAAAAAUCUCUACCAAAAACAGUGAUAAGAAUGACCUGGACAGAGGAACGAUGCCACCUUAACUGUGUUUCAGCUGCAUGGGAUCUUCAGGAUUCAGAUCACGAAGCCCGUGUAGAAGAAGCAAUAACUAGAACACUGGUAUGUGCCCUAAAAUCAGCAGAAAGUUCCAGUGAUGGAGAUCCCUGGCUAAAUCCCACUGAGGUUGAGGCAACAUCGCACGAAGUCAACCUUCAGUACCUGAAUCAAGCAGUGUCUGUAUAUUUCAAGUGUCAAAAGGCCAACGUGUCAGAGCAGGCACAUCGCAGCAGCAGUGGAGCAGAGCAAGAAACAAGAGCCCCAUGCAAGAGGAGGAAAAGGCAAGUUAGCUGUGAGCCACAGGACUGCCAGUUACUAAACCACGAGUUCAGCUCCUCAACAUUUAAAGCAGAGGAGUUACAGAAAAUACCUUUUGGGCCUCAUCUCGUUCAAGUUUUACCUCAGUCUCAAGAAACAAGCUCACUGGGUGCAGGUGCAGUUGCAAGUGAUGAUAGAGAUCUUCUCCACGAAAAUGAAGGAGGACAUUUUGGAAAAUUACACUGCACCAGGAAGCAAUUGGUAAUGAGUAAUGACUGCACAACGCCUGCAAAUCAAAUGGAUUCCGACAGUAGUCCCAAUGCCUUGCAGGCAGCCCUUUCCACCAAUGAUUUGCUGGACUGCCUGGUUAAUCCACAUGUCAUCAGGUUAGUGGCUCAGCUGCUCUUGGAGAGAGCAAGAGUUUAAUGGCAGAGCACUUCAUUUUUGAAAUAAAGAAAUCAAAUUUCA